AUGUCAGUUCUAAUUGAUGAAAAGAGUCACCGAAGCAGCGGAUCGACACGGCUGCGCAUUGUGGUGACUGUAGUUGGAGUUCUUCUCAUGGUAUCGGGGUUGGCGGUGAUGCUUGGCCAUCAAUCCGGUUCUGCAAAUGAAGCUUUGGGGAUGGAAUAUGAGAAGCCAUCGGUUGAGGUAUUGGACUUGGAAGCAACGGAGGUCGAACAGCUUACAAAAUUGGGGUUGAGUCCCAAACCGAAGUUGAAGAUUGUUAAGGGUGGAGAUGAGCAGGUUUUGCAUGGGAGAUUCUUGCACAUCACAGAUAUGCAUCCAGAUAAGUACUACAAGACUGGUGCAGAUGUGGGUUCGUUGUGCCAUAGUGGAAAGGGAAGCGCAGGGAAAUAUGGGGAUGCUGUGCUUGGCUGUGACAGUCCUAUGGUGUUGAUGGAAGAUACACUCAAAUGGGUUAAGGAGAACUUGAAGGAUAAGAUCGAUUUUGUUGUGUGGACCGGUGAUAAUGUCAGGCACGAUAACGACAGAAGAUAUCCUAGAACUGAGUCAAAUAUUUUUGAUAUGAAUCAAAGAGUGAGUGAAUUGAUGUAUGAAACGUUCAAAGAAGAGAAUCCCCGUGGAGGGCGCCCAAGACAAUUGAAGAUCCCACUAGUUCCAUCGCUUGGUAACAAUGAUGUUUUCCCACAUAACUUAUUUUCUCCGGGUCCAACUUUACAGACGAGAGAAUUAUUCAAGAUAUGGCACGAUUUUGUCCCUGCAGCCCAAUUGCAUAUAUUCAAUAGAGGCGCAUAUUUUUUCAAGGAGAUCAUUCCUAACGAAUUGGCAGUUUUGUCGAUAAAUACGUUAUACCUUUUUCAAUCAAAUCCAUUGGUCGAUAAUUGUGAUAGAAAGAAGGACCCUGGCCAUAAGUUAUUCGAAUGGUUAGGAUAUACGUUGAAAGAAAUGCGGGCUAGAAACAUGAAGGUUUGGCUCUCAGGACAUGUUCCACCUAACGAAAAGAACUACGAUAUUUCAUGUUUGCGUAAAUAUAUUGUGUGGAUGCAUGAAUACAGAGAUGUUAUAAUCGGCGGCUUGUACGGCCACAUGAAUAUAGAUCACUUCAUUCCAUUGGAUUCCAAGGAAGCAUAUAAAUCCAUCAAAAAUAAGUUCGGGAAACUUGGUUUCGACUACGAGUUAUCAUUUGAAAAUGACCUAUACGUACUGGAUGAUGACGACAAUUCCGACAGUGACUCUGACGACGACGAUGAAGAUACGUCACUAGAAGAAUCAUACUCCAAUUUCAAUAGUCCUAUACUUAAAGAUGGGUUUGAAGAUUCUGUGAACUUCAAAAAUAUGGAUGAUAUCAGGAUCCAGGGUGGAGUCCCAAAUGGUAAGGUAGGAUACAUGGAAAACGUGAGAAAGGAAUAUUACGCAAAUGUCAAGGGGAAAAAGAAGAGUGGAUAUGUAUCAGAGAGGUAUUCCAUUGCACAUGUAACAGCCAGUGUCGUUCCAACGUUCAACUCUGGGUUACGAGUAUGGGAAUACAAUAUCACAGGUCUCCAAAAUCUCCUUACUUCCGAUAACCAACCAAGAUUCGCUCCAUGGAAUGAGUUCUUCGAGGGACUCGAAAAGUUGAUGGAAACGCAAGUAGAAGCCGAUUACGACGACGAAUUCAUUACUUUUGGCCAACAAGUGGAAAUAUUCAAAAACGAUAAUACUUUCCCUCCUAAAAUGCCAAAAUCCAAAUCUUUGGGUCCGGCCUACAUACCUCAGGCAUUUACUCCGGAGAGAUAUGUUCAAUAUUACGCUGAUUUAGCCAACAUAAACAGAGGGGAGAAAGAAUUUUCCUACGAAUUUGAAUAUGCCACCGAUGAUAAAGUCUAUGACAUGGAUUCUUUAACCGUCGAUGACUGGAUUUCGCUAGCUAGAAGGCUCGGAAAACCUGUCAAGGAAAAGAAAAAUAAGUCGAAUAAGAAAUCAAAGAAAAAGAAGAAGAACAAAGACAAGAGGUUGCUCGAAAAUAGCGAACCCUUAAAGCAAGAUGGUUCUAAAGACAGCCGUUUGGAGCAAGAUCGUGUUCAACAAUCUGCCAGGCUAGAAAACUUGUGGCAGCAUUAUUUGAAAUACUCAUUUGUCAGUUCUGAAUACGAGAAUAUGGGCAUGGGCUGA